GGCUUUUGUAACUCAUUUACGCAAAACACGUUUUGUAACUGCAGGACGUUGUUGUGACUUGUAGUUUAUUUCUCUCCUGGCGGUGGUUCGUCUUGACAUAAAGUCAGUAACUUGUAUUGAUGUAUCUGAUCUGAUGUUAAUAUCCUGCAGUUUUAGAGCGGUUAAUGCAUGAAGUCGACCCGCAACGAUCUAACGCGCAAAUAUGUUUUUGCCUUUGUGGAAGAAAGGCAUAAAUCGUGUGUGAUUUCAAACCGCAGGCCUCUUCCAGCAGCUUCUUCCCCGGCACUGACAGCAGGAUGCCCCCGGUUCCCAGAGUGAGACUGUCCGGAGGUCUGGAGAUCUGCCGCGUGCUGAACGGAAUGUGGCAGGUGUCCGGAGCGCACGGAGCGGUGGACGAUGCUAAAGCAGUGGAGGCGAUGCAGGCCUACGUAGACGCUGGUCUGACCACAUUUGACAUGGCGGACAUUUAUGGGCCUGCAGAGGAAAUAUUUGGACGGUUCAACAGCCAGUGCAAAUCAUCUGGGAACGACAUCCCAGCUCUGCAGAGUCUGACCAAAUACGUGCCGAGACCAGAACCAAUGAACCGCAAGGUGGUGGAGAAGGCCCUGCAACGCUCCAUGAGCCGUAUGCAGGUUGACAGUCUGGACUGUGUUCAGUUCCACUGGUGGGACUAUAAAGACAAAAGAUACCUGGACGCACUGGGACACCUCUCCGACAUGCAGCAGGAGGGACUCAUACGAGAACUCGGCCUCACUAACUUUGACACUCAGAGGCUGGAGGAGAUCACCAGCAGAGGUAUCCGCAUCUCAAGCAACCAGGUUCAGUACUCUUUGAUUGACCAGCGACCUGUAGCCAAGAUGGAGAAGUUCUGUCUGGCUAACAACAUUCAGCUCCUCACGUACGGCACUCUGGCUGGCGGUCUACUCUCAGAGCGUUAUCUGGGGAAGGCGGAGCCUACUUCCAGGGCGGAGCUCUACACCGCCUCCCUCUCUAAGUACAAGAACAUGAUCAACUCUUGGGGUGGCUGGAGCCUCUUCCAGGACCUCCUUGUCGCCUUGGAGACAGCUGCUAAGAGACACGACUGCUCAGUGGCCAGCGUGGCGACGCGUUACGUGCUGGACCGCCCUGCAGUGGGGGGGGUCAUUGUCGGCUGUCGGCUAGGCGUCGCAGGGGCGGGGCAACACAUCGGUGACAGUCUGCGUAGCUGCAGCCCUGACUUGAAGUUGACAGUGGAAGAUCAUGUCGCCAUCACUGCAGUGACGCGACGCUCCAGGGACCUCGUGGCACUUAUCGGGGACUGUGGGGAUGAGUACAGGAGCUAAAGGGUUAGGGAGAGGGGGGGGGGCAUCUCACACAGAACAGCCCUAUAAGUAGAAAAAGCAUAAAAUACAUAUACUGAUGAAAAUCUGUUCAAUUCUCCAUUUGGCCACUUCUAUUGAUGUUGAUUCAUAUCAGUUUCUGAGCACAAAGACCGAAGCUGCUGUUUUGUUCCACAUUAUUUACAUUACAUUAGAAAGCGCAUUCAGGAAGUGGGGAACUAUAAGUUUUAACUUGCCCGUUCCUUUUACUUUUAUACAACCUCUGAAGAUAUGUGCCUCAUACAAAGUGUAUUUUACCCACUGAAUAAUUGAUGCCAUUAAACAGUGUAAGCAUGUGCUGUAAGAGAAAAGUGUUCAAUGUGUUUAAGUGCUUUUUAAUGUGGGAGAGAAGCUUCUCAUUCAGGCUUGAAUAUAGUUGCACUGAUAUGCACAAACACACAGUGAUUACUGUUUACAUUUAAGUGUCUAGUAAGUUUUUUUUUAAAUUAUUUUAAUCGUUCACGCUGUGAUUGAAAUCAAUAUUGUGUAAAUAAAAAGAUAUGGCAUUGGGAGUUUUCUUUUCUGUUUUGAGUUGAAUUAAAUGUAUGAGUUGAAUCCAAAUCACCUUGGAGUGUGUUGCAUAGGUAAAUAAAACGUU